UCUUGCUCUCUCCGUUCCCUAAUGUCCACUAUAAAUUACUUUCGGUGUUCAACUCUAUGGAGCAUUCUUGCAUUGGGUAAUUGCUCUAAACCCAGCACCGAAAACCAAGCUCCAUUUUAACUCCUUCAUCAGUUGCCCAUUAUAAUGCACUUGGCAGUUCAGCUAAUGGCCUGCGAGGCAAAACAGAAAACAAACUGUCCCCCUGUAUCUACGCCUUCGCUGAAGUGCUGACAAGAAGGAAGAUGCCUGGAGAUAUAUUCAGCACAUACGACUUAGAAGAUGGAAGUGGAGCAUUAAAGGCCAUUUUUACAGUGUAAUUACUAUGCCGUGGUAUUAAAACAAUAUUUACCUAAUGACAGCAGUCUCCUCUUUGUGCUUUACCUUGCUGUUUUGCCCAAGAUAAAGUGUUGUUGGAAUCCACCCCUCAGCAGACAGGAGCUGCGGACACGUUUGCCGGGGAACAUGUUCGCUCACAUAGGUUGCUCGUAAAACGGCUCUCCCAGGCCCGAAAAGAUUUCUUCUAUCAUCAGCCAGCAGCGAAGCCCCUUUCCAGCAUCCAGGCUGCAUGACAGCCUGGCGCUGGAAUGUGCUCCUCCGCAGCCCAGCUUUUAACUUGAAGCUCUGGCAGGGCGCUGGGUAGGUCUGGCUCAGUGACACGGAGCUGUGAAAGUCAAUCGCUUCGUUUGGGAACAAGGGGAAGCCCAGCAUAUUCUUUAGCCGCCUUUGCCUCCAGCUCCUUUGCAGUCUAAGCACAGAAUAUACACGCCCGUGAAAGCAAUUAGAGAGACAUGGACUUCCAGCGCAGAGCUCACCCCUACGCGAUCCCGGAGGACGAAGAGAUCGCCCACGAGGUCGCUCGCGAUGGCCACAACUCUGCGGGAAACGAAGGCGAGAAACCAGUGUCAAAACUGCAGCGUAGGCACAGUGACAUAAAACUCUACAAAGAGUUUUGUGACUUUUAUGCAAGAUUCAACAUGGCGAAUGCGCUCGCGAAUGCCAUCUGUGAGCGCUGUAGAGGUGGCUUUGCACCAGCAGAGAAAAUUGUCAACAGCAAUGGUGAGCUGUACCACGAGCAGUGCUUCGUGUGCGCCCAGUGCUUCCAGCAGUUUCCUGAAGGGCUCUUCUACGAGUUUGAAGGGAGGAAGUACUGUGAACAUGAUUUUCAAAUGCUUUUCGCCCCUUGCUGCCAUCAGUGUGGUGAGUUCAUUAUUGGUCGUGUUAUUAAGGCUAUGAACAAUAGUUGGCAUCCAGAAUGCUUCUGCUGUGACAUCUGCCAACAAGUAUUGGCAGAUAUUGGAUUUGUCAAGAAUGCUGGGAGACAUCUCUGCCGUCCUUGCCAUAACAGGGAAAAGGCCAGAGGCUUGGGAAAGUACAUUUGCCAGAAGUGUCAUGCCAUUAUUGACGAACAGCCUCUCAUAUUCAAAAAUGAUCCUUAUCACCCUGAUCACUUCAACUGUGCAAACUGCGGGAAGGAGCUUACUGCUGAUGCUCGUGAGUUGAAGGGAGAAUUAUAUUGUUUACCCUGCCAUGACAAAAUGGGUGUCCCCAUCUGUGGAGCAUGUAGAAGACCAAUUGAAGGACGAGUGGUGAAUGCUAUGGGCAAACAGUGGCAUGUGGAGCAUUUUGUUUGUGCGAAAUGUGAAAAGCCAUUCCUGGGUCAUCGUCAUUAUGAGAGAAAAGGCUUGGCAUAUUGUGAAACCCACUACAAUCAGCUGUUUGGUGAUGUUUGUUUCCAUUGCAAUCGUGUGAUUGAAGGAGAUGUUGUGUCUGCUCUGAAUAAGGCAUGGUGUGUGAACUGUUUCGCUUGUUCAACCUGCAACACUAAGUUAACACUCAAGAAUAAAUUUGUUGAAUUUGAUAUGAAGCCUGUCUGCAAAAAGUGCUAUGAGAAGUUUCCUCUAGAGCUGAAGAAAAGACUGAAGAAACUAGCUGAAACUUUGGGAAGGAAGUGAAGACUUAUCUGCUCUCCCUGUUCUUUAUGAAAAUGUUAUACAUAUUACGUGUUGGGGGGGGACUUUGAGGCUGCAAUCAGACAACAGAUUGUGACGCAUGCCUUUCAAUCAAAUCGAGAUAUUUUGAAAUUUUCCAUUCUCUAUACAUGUACAUGUAUACUGAUUUGUUGAUAAAUAGGCCACACUUACAGACUAAAUUAAAUAUCAACUCACCUGAAAGGUUUCUGACCCUGAUAAUGCAGUUGAACUGGUACAAGUGCGCCAUUGUGCACAGUAAUCUCUGUGGAAUUUUAGAUAGAAAAUACGCUUGUGAAUACCUGCAAAGACACACUUUGCAAAUGUGUCUAACAUUACGGACACGUAGUGUCAUUUAUAUUACUGAAAGUAUCGAUGUGCAAAUUAAGCAUGAGUAUAAAACUUCAAGUGUCUAGGGCAAGAAACCAAACAUACCUCACUUUGUGGAAAAAAAAGAUGCCUAGAUUUCAGGUCAGAUAGUCUCAUUAAGGAGCCUGGUUUCAGAUGGUUUGAAAAGUAUCGUAUUUCUAAAUACAGUCACUGUACAAAUGACCUGCUUCUGAUAGUUUGUGCUUACAUGAUGAAUCUUUGUACAUCAGACUUAGCAUGAAAUAUCUAUACGAAGUCUAUAUUCCUACUGCAAGAAAUGAGCAUACUCAGAACUACUUGAAUUUUGCUAUAUUCCAUUCAGAGUAACACAUUAACUUUUAUAUAUGCUUUUGCAUUGUAUUUACUUUUUGUGCCUUAUUCUGCUGGACCAUACAUAACAGUGUUCCAUUAAAUAUAUAUAUAUAGUUUUAUUUUUAUUUCAUAUUUUUAUGCAGAAACUAUAUACAAGGUAUUUUCAAAAGAUAACAUACUUUGCCUUAAUUAUUCAGGAUGCAAGAGGAAUUUUGUUACAAAUGUGAACACCUGAGGUUUAAAUUUAGCUUCUUGGCUUCUUCAACUUCUAGAACAGUAAUGGAAAUGCAUAUUUCAAUUAACUGGCAAUAUUACUUUUACACUGUGAGUGUAAAUAUAUGUGGUUUGAUCCUGCUAGGAUCUAUUUCUUUAGUCAUCCUCAAGAACUGAGCUCACAAGUCAUCAGAAUUCCUUAUAACAUACACCUGAUUGUUUUAUACCGUUGACUUCUGUUCUUGCACACCUGUUUUAUUUUUCUCUUUUCUAUUGAAAAUACAGUUACUUAGGAAUUCUUGAUGGUACUGUGUUAUCAAGUACACGUGUUUUUUUUUUCUUUUUCAUACUAGUGACUUACACGGAUUUUGUGUAAUUGCAUCAUAGCAAGCAAAAUUUCCUUUUCUGUUUAUGGAAAACUAGUUGCUUGAAAACAUCUUUCCAGUGUCAUCAAUAAAGGCUAUGUUAUUAAAACUUGUA